AUGGGUGACAGAACUGUCAAAGCAAUAUUAUUUGACUUGGAUAACACACUUAUUGAAACGAGUCGUGCUGGUGGAGUGGCCAUUCAAAAGACCGGUGAGCUGCUGAAGACCACACUAGGCCUUGAUGAUAAGACUGUCCACUGCAUUUGUGACAGAUUUAAGCAGAAGCUUUUACAAGAAUGCUUUGACCCCUCAUCUGGCAGAUCCAUGGAUGGCCUUCGCGUUUGUCACUGGGAGGAGAGCAUCACUGAGACCGUGGGCAGCUCCUUCGCUCCCUCCUUGGCCAGUCAAUGCUACUACCUGUGGAAAAAUAGCCGGCUGGAGGUUCUCUGCCUGACCCCUGAAGUAAAAAACCUCCUGAGACAACUGCGCCGCACGUACAAGCUGCUGCUGCUGACCAAUGGAGAGGCUCGUACUCAGAGGGAGAAAGUGGAGGCGGUCCAGUGUGAGGAGUUCUUUGACAGAAUAGUGAUCGGGGGGGAGCACGUGGAGCAGAAACCGUGUCUGUCCAUCUUCACGUUGUGCUUCGACCUGCUGGAGGUGGAGGCGCAGGACUGCAUUAUGGUGGGAGACUCUCUGGACACUGACAUUAAAGGGGGGGGUGAUGCCCGGGUGCGGGCCACCGUUUGGAUCAGCCCUGAGGGCGGUGCCGCUUUGGAUGGUUCUGUGAAACCAACCUACACGAUCCCCACUGUGCUGGACCUCCCAGGCAUCCUGGCCCAGCUGAAAUAA